AUGUCUCUUCACAGGAGAUCUGAUAACUGGAUCGACGGCAUUCGGGGGAUCGCAGCAAUCAUAGUCGUGACAUAUCACGUCUGCUCCGCUUUCGCAAAAUGGUUGAACUCGCCAGCGAUUGAGGAAAAUGGCGAGGUUUUCAUAUUCCAACAACCCUUUUUGCGAAUUAUAUUUGCCGGUCGAUUUGCAGUUUCCCUGUUCUUCCUCAUCUCUGGAUAUGUGAAUUCUUUCAAUUCGAUCAAGCAGAUUCGCAAUGGAGACCAGAGUGGCGUCCUUUCGAAGCUCUCCCGGAAUACGAUCCUUCGGGCUGGCAGACUAGUCGUACCAACAAAUGUAGCGAUCUUGACGGUCUGGCUUGUCUGUCAGCUUAAUGGAUUUCGCAUAGCAAAUCAGGUUGACUCUGACUGGGUACGAGUGGUCGCCACGGCGCCCGAUCCUACUUUUCGUGAUGCGCUUGCAGGCCUGUUUCGCAACUGGGUGUUGUUUUGGAAGAGUGGUGAUUCACCCUAUGAUCGCACAUACUGGACAAUACCGUACUUUCUAAAAGGGUCUAUGUUGGUAUACCUAACUUUACUGGCAACGACACACACCACCCCCAGAAGUACCAAGUUGCUUCUCAUUUGUCUUUAUGGCUAUUCCUGGCUUAAUGGUGACGCUCUUAUGGAGAUGACUACCUACGCGGGAAUGUUUCUAGCCCAAUUGAACGCAGAUUACGGUCACAGAGCCACCUCAGUCAUGCCCGCGCCGAUACCGAUAAUGAUGAUUCUGAGUGGUCUUUUCCUCGCUUCAUUUCCGGAUGAUAAUCAUUCAUGGGCGCCAUGGAGCUGUGUCAUGGACUCUGUGGGACAUCACAUUGUCCCCAGCGGUGGAGAAGUCAGUCGAUAUAUAGACUCCCUCGGAACGACUCUUUUUGUUUACGGCAUGUUCUUUUCGCGCAGCGGCCGUCGGCUUCUCGCGUCCCCAUUCAUGAACUUCUUGGGCCGCAUCUCGUUCGCUAUCUAUCUUAUUCAUGAUACCCUCAUCCGCACGGUUCUAUCGUGGAUGAUCUAUCAACGGUCUAUUUUUGAGCAUGGUUUGCAUCCCGUGAAUAACGAAGGGCAACCUGGGUGGUUUGAGAGGGGCGGGUACACAACGUUCGCUGUUGCUAUACCAUUGUUCUACCUUGUUCUGAUAUUCCUGGCAUAUUUGUGGACACUAUAUGUGGACCCGAUUUGUGAGAAAUUGAUAUUAUGGAUGGGCAAGAAAGCGUUUGGCGAGGAUGACGGAUUUGAUGCCGGGCGAAAAGACACAGGUGGGAUUUUGAAAUCCUGA